CUCAGGUGUAACAACCUUCACCUUAGACAGAAGAGUCAUUGCUGAAGUAUUUGAAGCGGGCAUCGACUGUCUGAAGACGCUUAGAUGUUGACAGUAUGAUAAGGUUCCUAUUACUGGGGGCUGCUCUACUUGGAGUGGGGUAUGCCCAAAGUCGACAAACUGUCAUAGACAACCAGGUCGGGUACAAGCAGGAAAGAGCACCGACUUAUUUGGUCAUUGCACCUAAAAGAAUUCGACCUAAUCAGGUUGUACAGGUUUUUGUGACGAUUCUAAAAUUAGAAUACUCCAGAAUAAAUGUGCGAAUAUCUAUCACACAUAAAAAGGUUGAGUAUGCCAGCGCUGAGUUGGCAUUUGAACAGAUUGGCAGUCGUACCAUACAGCUACACAUGCCCCAAAACUCUCAGACUGGAGAUUACAAGCUACGAGUGGAGGGAACGAUUGACGGAGGGAGCAGUGGAAACGUGUUUGAGAACGAGACUUCGAUAGAGUUCUUCCCCAAACAAGCCUCCUUGUUUAUACAACUCAGCAAGCCCAUCUUCAGACAGGGACAGAAAGUGUACUUCCGAGUGGUACCUAUACUCCCCAACCUGAUGCCCAAAUAUGGAAGUAUGACUAUAUAUGUUAACGAUCCAACUGGAUUUCCAGUGCGUAGAUGGCUGGCUGUACAGACAAAUGCUGGAGGUAUUUUAAGCCAGAGCUUUGAGUUGUCCGACCAACCUAAUUAUGGAAACUGGUCUAUACAGGUGGACGCCUUUGGUUUUGUGUAUCACAAGCACUUCCUGGUAGAAGAAUAUUGGGACCCCAGGUUUGAUGUCAACAUGACCGUCAAACCGUACAUCAUGGACAACCUUGCUACCGUUGGCGGUGUCAUCAGUGCUAAUAUCACGACAGGUAAACCUGUGGAAGGGAACGCCACUGUGGUACUCAGUGUCAAGCCUCCACCAGACCCUCGUUAUUUAAACACAGAUGUUACGAACACCAAUCCGGCCCUGAGAAUCCCCAUCAUGAUAACUCAAGUGUAUGACUAUGUGAAAGGUCCAAUUGCAUUCAACUUUAAUAUGGCUGAUAUAUUGGAGCGAGUGCGCCGUUACUGGCCUCAGUACGUAGGCUGGACAGCGUUGACUGAUUUUGAGCUUCAGUUCAACGCCUCGGUUUACGAUUGGUUCUACAGUAUGACUAAGGAGGGUUAUGCCAGUACGACCAUCUUCAGCUCCCGUACACGGCUUCAGUGGAUUGGCGACCAGGUCCGCACAUUUAAACCGGACACUGUGAUGUCGGUACAGGUAGCUGUUAUGAAAUAUGAUGGAACCCCUGUGACUUCCACCAAAUAUGUCCGCCUUACUCUGGAGCCACGCUACAGCACUGGAGGAGGAGGAGGCACCCCAGUGUUCACUGGUGCCCAGUUUAUGAAGACACCUGUGAAAGGAAUUGUUCAGUUCUCCAUCCCGGUUGAUAAACAGCUUUCUGCCCUCAAGUUAACUGCCCAGUAUGAUGGUGACCCGAGUACUGAAAUAAAACUCAUGGCAACUAAAUUCUACUCCCCAAGCAACAGUUUCAUCACGGUGUCAACCUCAACCAAAACUCCGAAGAUCAAUGAGUACAUGAUUUUCCAUGUGAGGACGAGUAACUACAUACCUAGGAUAUAUUACCAGAUUGUUGCUGGGAGUAAUAUCAUUGUGGGUGAGGAACUGGAGAUGAAGUCCCGUAGGAAGACGUUCUCCAUUGCUCUAUCUAUAGAAAUGAUACCAACCGCUCGUAUAGUUGUCUACUACGUCUCUGGUCAACCUGAGGAGAUUGUCAUCGACACACUCACCUUUUCUAUUGAUGGAAUGAAAUCCAACCAGGUUGGAGCAAAGAUAAACCGUGGGAAGGACUUUACUCGAGACACUGUUGAGAUCAUGGCGACCUCUGACCCAGGCUCCUAUAUGGCGUUUGCUGCCAUGCCUAGUGAUCUGUACGCACGAGGAAUUAAUGAUGGACUCACAGAGUACAACUUGGUAGAUGAGCUGAACAGCUAUGACGCCCCUGCCCGUGGCAGCUACCAGCAUCUGUGGCGACUCAGUGAAACAGAGUACCAGUACACAUUCUUCCUGGCUCAGGGCUACGGUAUUGACAGCUUCACCACCUUCAGGGACUCUGGUCUACUUGCCCUUUCUGAUGUCACCAUCACAAGAGUACCAAAUCAGUGUGAAUUUGAGCCAGAAACCAUUCCCUGUUUUGACGGAACAUGUUACCACAAAAACAAAACGUGUGACAACACCUUUGACUGUCCCAGUGAUUGGUCAGACGAGGAGAACUGUCCAAAGGAAGACCCUCGUUUCAACAACAAGACAACAAAUAUGAUCAACAGAGUGAGUCGUGUACUGAGAUUCUACGAGGACAGCAGUUGGGCCUGGAAGGAACACUUCACAAAACCCGAUGGAGAGGUAGAUUUUCGUGUCAAUGUUCCUAAAUACCCACUAAACUGGGUUAUCAAUGGAAUAUCAAUGAGUCGAAGUCUUGGCCUGGGAUUGAUGUCGAAACCUCUGCGGUAUGAUGCUACACGCUACAUGUACAUCAUUGUGGAGUCAGCGACACAUAUCAUCAGAGGGGAGCAGAUCGGUGUCCGAGUAACAGUGUUUAACUACUGGUACUCCUCCGACUUCAUCGAGGUGCUGGUUACUAUGGAAGGAUCCCCGGACUACGACUCUGUCCUGGUGGGAGAGGAGGGUUUUGUGACAUCAUACAGUCCUACACGACACAACGGUGACCAUCAAACCAUCGUCUUUCUGGAACCUGGGGAGUCUAAGGACAUUCUGAUGCCCAUUGUCCCCAACAUGGUCCAGGGUAACUUCACGUACACUGUCAGUGCCUGGUGCUUCCUGGAGCGGGACUCUGUAACCAAACAGGUCUACGUCAAGAGUGAUGGUGUGUUGAACUACUACCACACACCAUGUCUGAUAGACUUGAUCACCUACGGCUCCAUCAUCAUCCCAGACCUCAAGGUCAACGUGUCCGACCAGUUCAUCACCCCAGAACAGCGUUACCAUAACUACGUCCCUGGCUCAGGUGUAGGUCACCUCAGCUUGUUUGGUGAUGUUGUGACCCCUGGCUUCUUCGUGGAUUACCCGACAGCAGAAGACAUCAUGUAUCGCCCAUAUGGAGCAGGAGAAAUGAACAUGUUUAAUUUUGCUUUUAAUCUCAUCACACUAAAAUUCAAGAAAGCUAACCAACAGUUGCCCAAUCACAUUCUAAAGCGGACCCUUUCCUACAUGAACAUUGGUUUGCAGAGACAGUUGAGCUACAUGAAAGAAGAUGGAUCCUUCAAGAUGUUUAGGGAUGACAACCGAUCAAGCACCUGGCUUACCGCCUUUGUGGCGCAGACCCUUCACGAGGCCAGAUUUGGUGAAUGGGAGAAAGAUCUGUUUAUCAAGUUGGAGCUCAUCAACAAAAUUGUGGUGUGGAUCUGUGAGAAACAGAAUAAUGUCACUGGAGAGUUCUACGAUGAUCAAGUUCCUGUGUAUGAUAGAAACUAUGCAUCCAGAAGUGAUAUGAUGCAAGCCAAACUGACCGGCCACCCUGUACCUCUAACGGCUUAUGUCCUGAUAGCACUCUAUAAAAUAACAGAUGUUUCACAGGAAGCACAAAGUUGUAUAGAGAAAGCCAGACAGAGGGCAUCGGAGUACUUGUCUACUAGAACCUCGGAGAUAGAGGCUAGUAAUGAGAUCUUCCACAUGGCCAUCACAGCCUAUGCUCUCUCCCUCAGUCAGCAGAGAAGUCGCACCAUAUUUGAUAAGUUGUGGGCCAAGCGAAAGAAAGCUGAAGAAUUCUACUUCGCGGACGAUGUUGUGCGUGAGAAUCCAUCAGACUUUGUGAACACUGUGCGUUACCUCAAGCCCAGAGUGGAGUUGAUGAAUGACGCACAUGCAGUACAGAGCACGGCCUAUGCUCUCAUGGCGCAUAUCAAUCAUUUUGGGUCUUCGUCAGGGGAUUACAAAAUACAGCGCGACUCCAUGAUGCGAUGGCUGCAGACCAUGCGUAACUAUAUCGGAGCUUUUGCUUCAUCACAGGAUACCCUGGCAGCCAUGGAGGCACUUUAUGCCUUCACACAAGUCGACCCUAACAGGAACGUGUUUGACGUAUACAUGGAGCUGGAAUCGUCAGCUUCUCCAGAGUGGGAAACCCUUAUGAUGAUGACUAAAUACAAUUACACGGACCUGCAGGAAGUUUUCCUUCCUAAAGUUUAUGGUCAGGUGAGAGUAACAGCCAAGGGAACAGGCAGAGCCCUCAUGCAGCUGACCACAACAGUGAAUGUGGAGUAUGCCUGGCAGAUAAAGAACACAGUAGACAGUAAACAAUUCUAUCUGCUGGACCUCGACUACCUACAUUUCAGCGGCAGGAAUUUCUCUACCAUGGAGAUGAUGCCUUGUGUCAGCUGGAUCUACACAGAGAAGUCUGUGACAUCUGGCCUCAGUGUCUUAGAAAUUGACAUGCCCUCCGGCUAUGUGGUAAUGAACGACACAUUGCGAAGCUUGGUGUUGAACAAUACAGUGCGAAAUCUCCAACGAGCCGAAUUCUACAACAGAAAAGUCGUUUUCUACUUUGAUUAUUUGGACCAGAGUCGGUCAUGCGUGAGGUUCAAGGCUCAUCGUUGGUACCCUGUUGCCAACAUGACCAUCCAACACAAGAUGCGACUGUUUGACUACUAUGAACCAGGUUUGCAUAAUACAACAAUGUACACAACAUACAAUUUAUUCAACCUGAAUAUCUGUUAUGUAUGUGGAUCCUACCAAUGUCCCUACUGUCCUUUCUUCAAUGUGGCAACCAUCUUGAAAGCCAGCUUUACCAUGGUAACGCUGAUAAUGGGGUUCUUCAUCAAAAGAUACAUGCUUCGGGUGACAUAACAAGACUUGUUGAUCACAUCUUCAGGAUCUCUCAUCUCUUAGGUUGAUUUUCUUAAUAGAAAUUGAACCAUAUGGUUGGUUGACGUUCAAGAAUAAUUCACUGUUGCAUACAGCUUCUGAUAAUCAACAGUAACGAGGGGGUGAAGGAUUCCAAUAAGAUAAUUCAGAGCAAAUACACAUGUUCUAGCAUAUUUUUCCAUUGAAAAAUUGUCCUACUUUUUUUUUUACAAAUGUGAUGUAUCGUAACAAAUUUAAUUGUUUAAUGAAAAAAGUGUCUAUUAGUCGAUUGUGCCAUUCAUAAACUUUGUCUAUGUAACGAUAAAUGUAAUUAAAAAGAAUAUGUUAUAGACUUAAAAAUAAUUGACAUUGUUAAAACUAUUGUGCUGUUGAAUUUAGCCCUGCUAGGCGAAGGUUUACUGUGCUAUUAGACUGAAACGUCUUGAAACUAUCAAAUGAAAACAGUAGUAACAUGAUUUUAAUCAAAGAAUGAUCAGAGUAUAUGUAAUUUGGUUCAAUUUGGUAUAUGAUUGACUUUUCAACUUUCAUACAUAUUUUUCUUCUUAGUUUUAAUGGUACAUUUUUGCUGUUGAUGCAAUUAAAAGUGAUUAAAUGUAAUGCAAAUGUAAAAUGUAAUUAUAUAUUGACCCAAUUAGUAGACCAGAUUUGCAAGUGUUUUUUACAUGUUUGUGUACUUGUAUGUGUCCGACGGAAUGUUAUCUUUUCUGUUAUUUCUUUGUGUAUAGGAAGUGUUUUAUAAUGAUGUAUAAAUAUCUUUUGUACAAUUUGUAAAUAUAUUCAGAGUGUAAAUAUUUUGUAUAAUAUGUAUGUAAAUUAGAUGUCAGAUAUCAAAGAAUAUUUUUUAUACUAAACUAAGAAUGGAGGGUAAUUGUGUGAGUGGCUGAUGGAUUGUUCACCAUUAUUUCUCGGAGAAAACGGAUCUUUGAUCCAUAUGUUUUGAAAAUGAGAAAUUCCUGCAAGUGAAUGUUUUAUUUUGCAUGUAAACAUUUUUGUGAAUAAUUGAACAUGUAAUAAAUUGUAUGAAUGAAUAAAAUAGUGUGUGGUGAAUGGAGAAAAGAGAGUAUAAAAUCAGAAUAUGGAGUAUGAUUAUUAUAAAUUAACUUGAAGCUGAUUGUGAACAUGACACCGGAGAUGAAGCUUCCAUCUCCUCUUACUGGCUUUCUCAGUGUACACAAGGGUCUUAUGUCAUCUAUAUUCUCUUUAGAAUCUUGAUAAAAGUAAUUUGGCAUACUUUCUUCAACCAAAGUCUUCCCUACUUUGACCUUUUAUAUAUUAUCGUAUUUCAUUUGAAUGAAAGAUAGAUUACACAUAUAAAUAUAGUAUGCAAGAGUGGAACUUUUAUAGGGAAAAUAUAAUAACAUUCCAACCAUUUCCCCCCAUAAUUUUGUAUUUUUAGCAUAUUUCACACCGAGUCCUGAUAUGUAUUGAGGGAAUUUCAUUAUUUCAGAUUUUAAUUACUAGGUUCUGCUGUAGCAAGAUUUCAUUAGUGUAUUUACUCAUUCACCCUGGAAAACGCAUUUGAACUCUUCCAAUUCAAAGGUUGGAAUAGUUAAUUAUGAAAUACCAUGGGUGAAUGUAUUAAUAUUUUGGCAAGCUCAUUUUUCCUGUUUAUUAAUAUCUAUAAUAAUGUUAUUCCUCUGUAUUGUUAUGACUAUGUGUAUAUAACUACAACUAUAUAUUUUGAUUUCUACAACAUAUUUCAGGUCUUUCAUAAUUCAUCAUCCAUGAUAUGCAGUUAAUUUUUAAUUUUGAUUUUAACUUGUUGUCAUUAAGUGGAAUACUACCAGUGUAGCAUUUUAACAUAGGAAUCCUGAAUCAGUACAUGUAUAAUUUAAAUUUCAUAAUUAUAAAGUAAUCUUAUAUAUAGUCAAGACUAUGAUUCUACCAACAAGUGUUUUAAGAAAUUAUGGCAAUUUGGUUAAAUAUAAAUUGAUUUUAUAUAAUUCCAUGAAUGUGUCAUGAAAACAAUUUCUUUAAUGUACAAAAUUAAUGUAAACUUUUUGGCAAAUUCAAAACAUAAACGUUCUGUAUAUACUUAAAGAUAUGGACAAACAUUAUAUACUUGACAAAGUUGUUCACAUCAAAUAUAUAAAAGAUAAGUGUAUUUUGGACAGUGUCAAAAGUUAACUACCAAUAUUAAACAUAGAUCAUAUUUGGAUUAAGGAUUUAGUGACUUUUUACCAGGAGAUAUAAUUUUUACAUGGAAAUAAGAUAAUAAUAAUCAUUCACAUUCUUCUGUUCUCAUAGUAAUUCUCUUUACAUUUAUCAUUCAUAAUCCUCAAUUUUCAUUUUCAUUUUUUGUACAAAUAGUGAUGUAAUUAUAAUUAUCUUAAAUUUCGUCUAUGAAUACCCAGAGCCCAACCAGCCCGUUUAGUAUCUUUUCCAAUGAGGUGUUUAACUGUGGCUACAGCAGACUUCGCUUAGUAAUGAAUAUUUUCAUACAUCCAAGGUGACGUAUAUAAAGGAUGCUAGCUUAGGCGACACCGUGGAACUACUCGGUAGUGAAGCGGACAUAAAACCACUCAACCAGGGGACACAUCUAGAUCAUUCGAUGCUAUAGGUCCAAAACAGGUGGAGAAAUUGGCCAAUUAAUUACAGACGUUACAAUGAAAUCAGUUUUAAUCAAACAGCCAAAAAAAUUAUACCAGAGUGAUAUAUGCAAUGGAAUUAAUUGAUAACAUUCUGUCAAUCAAUUUCAUUUCAUCUCAUUUAUAUUGAGAAAGCAUCCUCUUAAUAUUGAAUUUAAGUAUUUUCGAAUAAAGUGGUCUGCAAAAUACAGAAAUAAUGUGAUUCUAAGUAGUCAAAAUAAUUGUGAAUAUUUGACAGCAUUGUCAGGUAGACUACUGUGAAACCUGUAGACUCUGACGUCAAUAAUGAGCACACAUUUUUCCUACUCCUUAGAUCAGCUUUAUUAAACCAUUGUGGAUCAGAUAAAUGAGCAGCUUCUUCUUUCACCAAACCUUGGUACGAUCAUCUCAUCUGUAAGUAAGUCCAUGGUUCACUGUUAACUUGCUCAUGUAACAUAUAUAUUUCAUACCUAUAACAAACAUUCAUGUGAUUUUAUACACAAAGAUGAAAUAAAAUUACCAAUUUUCUUA